AAGAGAUCAGGCAGAAAAUAGUCAGAGGUAAGCCAAGGCCAGGUCAGUAGCAAACGGGCAAACGGAGUACCAGGAAGAGGCGGGAGAGUGGUCGGGGUCACAAGCUGGGUUCAGUAACUCACGGGCAGUGCGGUGCAGAGGGUCAGGCAGAGAAUGGUCAGGGUCACAAGCCAGGGAUCAAACAGGAGAAGUCAGCAGAGGUCAGGAUCAGGCAGGGUCAGCAACAAGUCAGGCAGAAACAGGAACACAGGAUACAAGAUACAGGGGCCCAUGGAAAAACACACCAAGGCCCUG